AGAAACACACUAACCUUUCAUAAAAGCAUUCUUCUCUUUUUACUAUUUUGAUUACUAUUUCACGUAAUAGGUUCUAUAACUCGUUUCGAAUUUGAAGAAACAAACCCUAGAUAGAUCAACUCUGUUAGUUGCAUUCCAAAGAUGGAAUCAAACGAAGAAUACGUCAAGUUUUUAGGUGAAGGUGCUUACAGUUUUGUUGAUCUCUUCAAGUACACAAAAAGCGACGGCUCUUCGUUUCUCGCCGCCGUAAAAAGCUCCGAUGAAGAAGACUCUCUCCUUACAGAGAUUCGGAUUCUUUCGGAACUCAGAGGAUGUCCGAGAAUCAUACAAUACUUUGGUAACGAUUUGGAAGAGGGUUUUGACUAUAAAGGAAACAGAGUCUACAAGUUGCUUCUUGAGUACGCAACCGAAGGUAGUUUAAGCUAUUUCAUGAAUAAUUACAAAGAUAGAAAAUUACCAGACUUGAUGAUUAGAGACUUCACGCGUAUGAUUCUCCAAGGUUUGGUCUCGAUUCAUAGCCACGGUUAUGUUCAUUGCGAUCUCAAGUCAGAUAAUCUCCUUGUUUUCAAGUGUAGAGAUUCUUACGAAUUGAAGAUUUCUGAUUUUGGAAUCUCGUUAGAAGUCGGAGAAAUUCCUGAUCACUGGAAAAUCGAAUACCCUUUUGUUGGAACCCCUAAUUACAUGCCGCCGGAGUCUCUACAGGACGGUGUUGCCAAGAAAACCCUAGAUUUGUGGUCAUUAGGGUGUUUAGUGUUGGAGAUGUAUGUGGGUAAGAAGCCAUGGCUAGGGUUUCAUCCUGACGAUUUUGUGUCUAUCCUCUCUAAUGGUAACGCUCCAGAGAUUCCCGAGAGUUUGCCUUGCGAUGCAAGGGAGUUUAUUCAAACGUGUUUCGCAAGGAACCCUAUGGAGAGAGGUACUGCCUCUGAGCUGCUGUCUCAUCGGUUUUUGCUUCUAAAAACAUCGAAAUCGAAGAUGAUUUUUCCAUUUAACCCGCUUAAGUUUAAGAAAAUUUUAAAUAAAUUCUUGAGGUUAAAGAAUUUCCUCUGAAACUGUGUGCUGAAUUUACUCUGUUACUCUAGUAGAUCGUUUAUUUUGUAAGUAGAUCAACUUACGUUAUGAUGAAAAUAUAGAUCUCAUCUCUUAAUCUUGUAUGUAAUGACACUAUUAAUAUAGUUUUUCUUUGAAGAAAUUGUUGUCUUUGUU